AUGGCCUCGCAGAGAGUUGCUCAAAUUUCCGCCCACCUCAACUACCCCAAGGGUAUGCUGGCGGGCCAGGUCGCUAUCAUUACGGGAUCCGGGCAAGGUAUUGGUGCUGAGACCGCAAGGCUAUUUGCCAACGAGGGUGCCAAGGUUGUCGUUGCUGAUGUUGACGCAAGUAUGUCUGAGAAGGCCGAACAGGUCGCCAACGAGAUCAAUCAGAAUGGCGGCAAAGCCAUCGCAGUUGCUGGUGAUGUCCUUGACGACAAAUACAUCAAGGAGCUCAUCAAGAGGGCUGCUGAGUUUGGGGAAGGCAAGAUCCAUAUCAUUGUCAACAACGCGGGAUACACCUGGGACGGCGUUAUCCACAAGAUGACCGACAAGCAGUGGCACACCAUUGUCGACCUCCACGGCACUGCUCCCUUCAAGCUUAUACGCGAAGCGGCUCCAUAUUUCCGAGUAAAGGACGGCGAACCGCGUAAUAUCAUCAACAUUUCCUCGACUUCCGGCCUGCACGGAAAUGCCGGCCAGAUCAACUACGCCCUUGCUAAGGCUGGUGUCACUGGUCUUACGAAGACCAUUGCCAAGGAGUGGGGUCCCAACUUCGGCGUCCGCGCCAACACUGUUGCUUUCGGCCACAUUCUGACCCGUUUGACGGCGGCAAAGGAGGCGGGUGCUUUCGUGACAACGCCCGAUGGUGAGAAGGUCGCAAUCGGCAUACCGCAGGCACAGAAGGCUGGCGGGCCCGGCGCGGGUCAGCAGCACCUCGAUAUUCCCCUCAGGAGACCCGGUACUGCUACAGAGGCUGCCAGUGCUGUGUUAGCUGUUGCCAGCCCGCUGUUCAGCUACGUGAACGGACAGACCAUAAGCGUUACUGGCGGGAGGAACAUGUAG